AUGUUUUCUUUGCAGGGACAGACCGCAUUAAUCACCGGUGCCUCAAUGGGAAUCGGGGAAGCUAUUGCGUUAGCUCUCGCAAAGGAGGGAGUCAACCUAGCACUGUUAUCGAGAAGCAAGGACAAACUGGAGGCUGUUGGUGAGAAAGCCACAAAACAAUAUCCUAACGUAAAGAUUGGGGUAUAUGCUGUCGAUAUCAAAGAGUAUACUGCAGUUGAUAAAACGGUUGAGUCGGUAAUCAAAGAGAUUGGGGAGAUUGAUAUCUUAAUCAACAACGCUGGUCUUGCUCUCGGCGCCCCAGCCCGUUUUUGGGAGCUUCCAGUUGAACUGGUCCAGCAGAUGAAUGGAACAAAUAUCUCGGGGCUGAUGUACACGACGUACUUCGUUUUAAGAAAAAGCAUGUGGCCGCGGAAGCAGGGAACUAUCCUCAACAUAUCAUCAGUCACGGGACUAGAAUGCCCGCCGUUUGAUGGAGAGUCUGUCUACCACGCUAAUAAGGCCUGCAUUGAAGGGUUUAGCAAUAGCCUACGGAUGGAAACGGCUGGUUCAAACAUCCGAGUUCUGGUUGUCCGUCCAGGUUGUGUUGCUACACAUUUCCAUCUGCAGAGGGUCAAAUACGACCAGAAUGCAAUGGACGAGUUCUUCUACGGAUACGAUCCAUUGGUAGCAGAAGACAUUGCUGACAACGUGCUAUAUAUGAUCACUCGCCCGGAAAGGACAUCCAUUAAAGCGCUGGACUGUGUUCCUACUGCCCAGCGCGGGCUGACUCGCUUCGACCGAGAGUGGCACGAACGCAAUAAGCAGCUGUAG